AUGGCUCCCAUUAAGCGCAAGGGCAAUACUGCCGAGGAGUCAUCAACUCGCAAUCCUCAGAAACGUGUGCGCGUGGGAACCGAAGAGCACAAGACAGACGGCAAGAGCUCGACGGCGGGCUCUGCGCCGAAAGCUUCUGAGCUCACGGUAUUGCGAGACGACGAACCGUCUUUCCCUCGAGGUGGUGGAAGUGUCUUGACGCCCCUUGAACGAAAGCAAAUUCACAUUAAAGCGACAAAGGAUGUUCUCUUUGAGCAAAAGAGCGGUACUAAGAAACCUUCCAAAGACGAGGAUGAAGCUUUUGAAGACGAUACAGAUAUGGAAGACGCAGACGAAGAUGCAUCAACACCCGCCAAGAAAUCGCAGAAACGAAAAGGAAAGGGUAAGAAGGAUGCGAAGCAGGAUAAGCGUGAGAAGAAGGGUGUUCGAAUUGAAGGCUUGAGUUUUAAACGCCUGGUCCCGGGGGCCUUGAUUCUAGGACAAGUUUCAAGUAUAAAUGCUCAUAACAUUGGAAUCUCGCUCCCGAACAACCUUACAGGUUAUGUCCCUCUAACGUCCGUGUCAAAGACGCUCGAGAGUAAGAUUGAGAAGAUGCUAGAGGAAGACGAAGACUCGGAUGAGGAAGAAUUUGAUUUGCACGACUACUUCUACCUUGGUCAAUAUCUACGGACCUACGUCGUAUCUGUCGGGAACAAGUCGGCCGACGCCAGUUCGAAGAGCAAGAAGCGUAUUGAGCUUUCGAUCGAUCCACGGUCCGCGAACACAGGCCUUCAGAAAACUGAUUUGGUUGUCAACGCUGCCGUCCAAGCAUCCGUUGUCAGUGUAGAAGACCACGGAUUGGUCAUGGAUCUAGGCAUUGAAGGCACCGAUGUCAGAGGUUUCAUGUCGUCCAAAGAAAUCGAUCCUAGGACGGACUAUUCUACGAUUAAGGAAGGUUCUGUCUUUCUGUGCAUGGUCACAGGCCAAAACGCCAAUGGCAACGUGAUCAAGUUAUCUGCCAACCUCCAGUCUUCCGGAUCGAUCAAGAAGUCGCAUUUCCUUAGUGUAGCACCUACUAUCAAUUCCUUCGUUCCCGGUGUUGCAGCAGAGAUCCUCCUGACGGAUGUAUCAUCAACUGGAAUGAUCGGAAAGAUUAUGGGCAUGCUAGACACCACUGUCGACUUAGUGCACUCUGGUGGCGCCACAGGCAAGACUGAUCUGACGAAGAAGUAUCAUAAUGGUGCUAAGAUCAAGGGCCGUAUUUCGUGCACAUUCCCUGGCUCAGAACCCUACAAGAUUGGUUUCUCGAUGCUUGAUCAUGUUCAGAAAUUCUCGGCUGAAGGUCAUGGGCCGAAUUCCUCCGAUGAUGCGCCUGCCAUCUCGGCCGUGAUACCCGAGGCCACAAUAGUGAAUGUCGAUCCAGGUCUUGGUGUUUACGUCAAAAUCGGGUCAACCAAGCAUAUGGGCUUCGUCCAUGUUUCGAGACUUGCGGAUGGGCAAGUGGAAACAAUCUCUUCUGACCAUGGACCUUUUAAAGUCGGCACGACCCACGAGGCAAGAGUUGUCGGCUAUAGCGCCAUCGAUAACCUCUACUCAUUGUCUUUCGAGAGAAAAGUCAUUAACCAGCCUUUCCUUCGCCUAGAGGAUGUCACCCUUGGUGCAGUGGUCAAGGUAACCAUCACCAAAGUUCUGGUUGGAGAAUCAGGCGUUACUGGCCUGAUUGUUUCCUUGACCGAUGGCAUUACAGGAUUCAUUCCCUCGGUGCACUUUGCGGAUACACGGUUGCAAUUUCCUGAAAAGAAAUUCCGCGAAGGGUUAUCGAUCACCGCGAGAGUCUUGUCGGUUAAUCUUGAGAAGCGCGAAGUCCGCUUGACUCUAAAGAAGAGUUUAUUGAAUACUGAAGCUGCCGUCUGGAAAGACUACAGAGACAUCCUUCCUGGAGCUCAAUCCCCAGGAACUAUUAUCAAUAUUUUGCCAAAUGGUGCUGUGGUUCAGUUCUACGGCAACGUUCGUGGCUGGCUUUCCGUAUCAGAAAUGAGUGAAGCUUACAUCAAGGAUCCUUCUCAACACUUCAAACUUGGUCAAGUUGUUAAUGUUCAUGCUUUGAACGUUGAUGCAUCUCAGGGCAAACUCUCAGUGUCCUGCAGAGAUCAGUCAUUGCUUGCCGAUAGUUACAGAACGGCCUUUAAGACUAUUCAGCCUGGGCAGUCCGUAACAGGUACAGUCUUCGAGAAGUCUGACGACUACGUUCUUCUGAGGUUAGAGGAUCUCGGCGGUCUUGUGGCUCGGCUGGGUGUAGGUCAGGUAGCCGAUGGAUCAGCUUCUAAACGCUCCUCAACUCUUUCCAAAAUCCGAGUGGGCCAGAAACUCAACGAGCUCGUAGUCCUCGACGUCCACCGUGCUCAUCGCCUCAUUCACGUCACCAAUCGAGCAAGUCUCAAGAAGGCUACCAAAGAAGGGAAUAUGCCGAGCACAUUCGAAGAUCUCCGAGAGGGCGCCGAAGUGACUGGUUUUAUCAGGAACAUUACGCCUACUGGACUGUUUGUGCAAUUCCUUGGAGGACUUAUUGGUCUUGUUCCCAGACGACUUGUCGGCUCGGAGGAUUCGAAUAAAUCUGAGUUCGGAAAAGCUAACUUCCAGGUGGUCUCUGCGACUGUGCACUCCCUCGACACCGAUUUCCGGCGCUUCAUCCUGAGCAUGGAUCCUGCGGAAGCGACACAUGCUGGCCCUAAGAAGGAGUCUACGAAGAAAUCUGCAAAGGAAACUGCAGCCGCCGGUGAUGAAUCCCUUGCCAAUCCAGUCGACGAGACCCUGAAGGCCAAGUCAGAUAUCACUGUCGGUCGAGUUCUGAAGUGCAAGAUUAAUUCAGUUAAGGGUACCCAAAUCAAUGUAAAACUUGCCGACAACGUCCAGGGCCGUAUUGAUGUCUCCGAAGUGUUUGACAGUUGGGAAGAUAUCAGUGACAAGAAACAGCCAUUAAAGCACUUUCGUCCCGGCCAGGUCAUAACCGCAAAGGUGUUGGGUCUGCACGAUGCUCGCAGUUACACAUAUCUUCCUAUCAGUCACCGCACGGGCAAGUUCAACGUGUAUGAGCUUUCCAUGAAGCCUAAGUUCGUCAAAGCAGACAACGCUACGCCGUUAACCAUUGACCAGGUGCAAGCUGGUUCAUCAUCAUUCGGUUUUGUCAACAAUGUUAGCAAUGAUUUCUUCUGGGUCAGUCUGUCCCCUAAUGUUCGAGGACGGUUGCGCUUCAUCGACGCAUCGGACGAUAUAUCUCUUCUCGCAGAUAUAGAAAAGCAAUAUCCAAUCGGUUGUGCAUUGAAGUUCCGCGUCACUGGGGUCGACGCUGAGAAGGGCCACAUUGAUCUCUCAGCCAGAGAACGGUCUGAAAGCCUCACAUUUGAUGAUCUGUCUGUUGGCAUGGUUCUACCUACCAGAGUGACGCGCGUUACGGACAAGCAGGUCAUCAUGCAACUCAACAAUACACUAGUCGGUGCUGUUGACCUGAUUAACAUGGCAGACGACUUCUCAAAGGCUGAUCCCCACGCCUACCACAAGAACGAAGUCGUCCGCUCAUGUAUCAUUGGUGUUGACAAAGCCAAUCGGAAGAUUCACCUCUCUUUGCGGCCAUCAAAGGUCCUGAGCUCAUCUCUUCCCGUUCAGGAUCCAGAGAUUACCUCCAUGGAGCAGGUUAAAGUCAACGAUAUCAUCCGCGGCUUCGUUCGACAAGUUUCCGAUGGUGGGCUGUUUGUGACCGUUGGUCACAAUAUCGUCGCUUUUAUUCGCAUUUCGGACCUGUCGGACUCCUAUUUGAAAGAGUGGAAAGAUUCGUUCCAGGUUGGUCAGCUCGUCAAAGGACGAGUAACCCUGGUGGACCCGGAGAACAAAAAGCUUCAGAUGAGUCUUAAGGACUCUGUUCUUGAUCCAAGCUACAAGGCUCCUAUAACACUUUAUGACCUCAAGCCUGGCCAAAUCGUGACUGGAAAAGUUCGUAAAGUGGAGCAGUUCGGUGCUUUCAUUGUCAUUGACGGCUCCUCCAAUGUCAGUGGGCUUUGCCAUCGCACCGAAAUGGCGGAUACUCGCGUGGAAGAUGCGAGGACCCUGUACGAGGAAGGAGAUGCCGUCAAGGCAAAAGUUCUUAAGGUGGAUCGUGACCAGGGAAAGAUCUCUUUCGGGCUCAAAGCUUCAUACUUCAAUGACGAUGCCGAGGAUGAGAGCAGCGGAAAUGAAGAUAGUGAUUCCGACGGAGUCAGUCUUGACAGUUUUGGCGGUGUUGAGCUUGAAGAAUCUGGCGAAAGCGAUGAGGAUGACGACAGUGAUGUGUCCAUGGGCGGAAUGGAUCUUGAAGAUGAAAGUGGAAGUGAGGAGAGUGAAGAGGAAGAAGAGGGUGAUGCUGUUGUUGAUGAACCUACGAAUAAGAUUCGAAAGGGUGGCCUUGGUGCCGUUGGUUUCGAUUGGAAUGGCAACACACAGGACGAUGAAGAUGAGGCCAUGCAAUCCGAUUCUGAUGAUGAGGACAAGGGCAUACAGAAGAAGAGAAAGCACCGACAGCCUGAAAUCCUGGUUGACCGUACAGGGGAGCUCGAUGCUAACGGGCCACAGUCCGUAGCCGACUACGAACGACUCCUGCUCGGUGAGCCUAACUCUUCGCUUCUUUGGCUGAAAUACAUGGCAUUCCAGCUCGAGCUGGGCGAGGUCGAGAAGGCCAGGGAGAUUGCCGAACGUGCUCUCCGUACCAUUACCAUUGGCCAAGACACAGAGAAGCUAAACAUCUGGGUGGCUAUGCUGAACCUGGAGAACACAUACGGCGACGAUGACACCCUUGAGGAAGUCUUUAAGCGUGCUUGCCAAUACAAUGAUACGCAGGAGAUCUAUGAACGGUUGACCAGCAUCUACAUACAGUCCGGCAAGAACGAGAAAGCAGACGAGCUCUUCAAGACAGCUCUCAAGAAGAAGGUCUUCCCCAAUUCCCCCAAGUUCUUUAUCAACUACGCCACCUUCCUGUACGACACUAUGGCUGCCCCAGACCGCGGUCGUGGCCUCCUUUCCCGCGCCCUCCAAUCCCUCCCCAAGAAUACGCACGUCGAAACCACAUCCAAAUUCGCACAGCUCGAAUUCCGCUCUCCCAAUGGCGACGUUGAACGUGGCCGCACCGUCUUCGAGGGCCUACUCUCCUCUUUCCCCAAGCGUGUUGAUCUUUGGAACGUCCUUCUGGAUUUGGAAAUCAAAAACGGCGACGUUGAGCAGGCGCGCUUCUUCUUCAAGAAAUGGCUUGAUUUUGAGGAGAAGAAGGGUGAUGAGAAAACGGUCGAGGAGAUUAAGGCCAAGGCUGCGGAGUAUGUCAAGUCCCUGCAGCAGGAAUAA